CUCCCCAGAAGAUUUGUGGACCCAUCUUGAGAGACAUUUUGCACUUGAUCGAGCACCAGGACACUCAUCAUAAGCAGAAAUUGUACGUAUGUGGGGCAUUUGGAAAAUAAUUUCAUGUCACUGCAAACCUUCAUCAGCACCAUUAGCAGCACAUCGGAGAGAAACACUUCAGAAGCAAUAUGGGCGGAGCCUUGCUUUUAGAGAACUGCAAAUUCGAUGUCAGGAAGCCCUUUACCUGCAAAGAAAUUAGGAAGGACUUCUUGGCCAGCUACUUUCUCUGGCAACAGGUCACUCACACUGGGGAGAAGUCAAACAGUGUAACUGAGUGUGUGGUGGCCUUCCACAAUGUAAACUGUCAUUGUAACCAGGGAGACUGCAUGAGAACUUUUAGCCCCAAACACACGUUUAUUAAGCACCAACAAGUCCUCACGAGGGAAAGAUGUUAUAGCUGCAGUGAAUGUGGGAAAUCUUUUAGCAAAAGCUGUAGCCUCCAUGACCAUUUGAAAGUUCACACUAGAGAAAAGCCUUAUAAGUGUGGGGAGUGUGGGAAAUCCUUUAGGCAAAGCUCUGGCCUCAUUCAACACCAGAGAGUUCACACUAGGCUAAGACCUCAUGAAUGUGAUGAAUGCAGAAAAUUAUUUAGUAAGAAGUACAAUUUCAUUAAUCAGAAAGUUCACACUGGUAAAAAGCCAUAUGAUUGUGGUGAAGGUGGGAAAUUCUUUAGCUACAAAUCUGACCUCAUUACUCACCAGAGAAUUCAUACUGGAACAAGGCCUUAUGAGAGCAGUGAAGGUGGGAAAGCCUUUAGCCACAGCUCCAGUCUCAUUAAAUACCAGAGAAUUCACACUGGAGAAAGGCCUUAAGAGGGUGGGGAAUGUGGGAAAUCCUUUAGCCAGAGUUCUCACCUUAUUAAACACCAGAGAGUUCAUGCUGGAGAAAGAUCUUAUGAGUGCAGUGAAUGUGGGAAAUUCUUUAUCUCUAGUUACCGAUUCUUUCAACAUCAGAGAAUUCACACUUGUUUAAGACCUCACAAAUGUGAUGAGUGUGGAAAAUUAUUUACCAACUUGUCCAACUUCAUUAAGCACCAGAGAGUUCACACUGGACACAGGCCAUUUGAGUGUAGUGAAUGUGGGAAAUUCUUUAGCUGCAAAUCCUACCUCAUUACACACUGGAGAAUUCACACUGGAGUGAGGCCUUUUGUUUCUGGGGAAUGUGGGAAAUCACUUAGCCAUGGCUCUAUGCUCCUUCUACACUGGAGAGUUCACAUGAGGGAAAGGCCUAAUGAGUGCAGUGAAUGUGGGAAAUCCUUUAGCCACAGCUCUAGCCUCAUUAGACACCAGAGAAGUCACACUGGAGAAAGGUCUUGUGAAUGUAAUGAGUGUCAGAAAUCCUUUAGCAACAGCUCUAGCCUCAUUAAGCACCAAAGAGUUCAUACUGGGGAAAGGCCUUAUGAAUGCAGUACAUGUGGGAAAUCCUUUAGCCAGAGUUCUAACCUCACUAAUCAUCAGAGAGUUCACACUAGAGAAAGACCUUAUGGAUGUAGUGAACAUGGAAAAUCAUUUACCUUCAACUGCCAUCUCCUAAAACACCAGAAUAUCCACAAGGAAUAAAGCCCUUUACAUAAUACAGGUAAGUCUGUUAUAGCCUGCAUUUUGUCCCCUCAAAAUUCGUAUGUUCAAGUCCUAAUCCCUAAUGUGACUAUUUCAGAUGUGACUUUUUUACUAAGAUAAUUAAGGAUAAAUGAGGUCAUAAAAAUGGGGUCCUAAUCCAAUGUGACUGGCGUCCUUUGAAGAAGAGGAGAUACCGGAAGGUGUGGCCCUUGUGUACUUUUGUGUGCUCUGUCUUUCUCUCUCUCCAUUAACAAAAGACAGACCAUCUAAUAAAGAUGGUUGUCUGUAAGUCAGGAAGAGUGGCCUCAUCACAAAUCAAUCCUGAUGGCACCUUGGUCUUGGAGUUCUAACCUCUAAAGCGUGAGAAAAUAAAUUUCUGCUGUUUAA